AGUCGCGGGCUUAUAUAAACCGGCAACGAAGGGUUCAGAUUCGCAGAACAGCACACCCCUUCGACGAGGCACCUAUCCCGUCGAAUUCGACGUCCCGUAAGCCAGAUCAGAGAGCUACCACGUCCUCGAAGAUGCAGCGAAGAAUCGUAUCGUUCUUCGUAUAUCUAAUGGUUGGAUUCAUCAUCGUCUGCUUCACUCCUCCGAGCGACGCUGCGCCGCAGCAAAAUUAUUGGAGUCAGUUGAACGAAGAGAAUCCAGAAGCGCUUAUAGAUACGAUAAUAGCACGGCUUGGACACACUAUAAUGCGGAAUCCAGAAUUAGAGAACAACAAACGGGGCCUGGAUCUGGGCUUGAGCCGUGGUUUUAGCGGCUCGCAAGCGGCUAAACAUCUGAUGGGAUUGGCAGCGGCGAAUUACGCUGGAGGGCCUGGUCGACGACGUCGUUCCGAGCAGCCUUAAAUCGAAAUGGAUUUCCUAGCUUGAUCCGUGUAAAUGUUCGCCCGUGUUCGUUCGUUCGUUCGUUACUCGUUACUCCGUUACUCGUAAACUGUUCGUCUAUGCUCGUCUAUGCUCGUCUGCGGACGCGUAUGCGCGACUACGCUCCAUGCUGCAACCCGUAACUUGUACGCGUUUUUGCGCAUAUCAACGCGUACUGUCCUCGAUCGUAACCCAUUCUCGUCCUCGGGCCUCUUAGCAUAGGUUUGCUACUAUGAGCAACCUUCCGUGUUAGAUUUUCCCCGCGCGUACUAUUCCGUCGCAAGCAGAAACUCGUCUCCGAUGCGUCGCAUCAUCGUCACAAUUUCUCUCCGGCAUUAUAACUUUUCUUACUACUUUGGAAUUUCAACGCGAUGACAAACGAUUUCUGUAAUUCAAUUCUAGUCAUUAUCGAGUCUGUGUCCGUGUUUGCACACGCGCUGAAAAAAAAGAGAGACAGAGUGAGUGAGUGAGUGAGUGAGUGAGUGAGUGAAUGAGUGUAUGUGUGUCAGAGAGAAAGAGAGAGAGAGAGAGAGAGAGAGACUAGGAGAAAGAAAUAUAUGCCUCACGUGGUCCACGUCUCACACCACAAAACCAUCUCGUUUCGGUUUAGGAGUGCGUCGCACAUCGCACAUCAUGCAUUGCACCGCGUCUCCAAUCGCUUUGUUUGUAAAAUCAACGCCUGCGGUUACCUAUGAAAAUUAAAUGUUUAAUUGCAAUUUAAAUAUAUGUUUAAACAUGUUCUUUCACUAUCCUUUAUCUGUUCAUCGCGAUGCAAAUGCACCUGUUGAUUCCCAUUCCGAUCGAGUACAAUGUAAUAAUAUGAAUUUGAACGCGUCGCGCGAUAUCCGGCGGUACACGAAAACUGCCGGACACGCGUUUGCACGGUUCAUCCAUUUUGUAAUUUUUACAUUGAAUUUCUCCUACGUAUCGGAUCGGUUUUUCGACGUUACCAGCUAUUGUUCCAUGCGCAAAUGCGCGCGUUCCAUAUAUGCACAUACAUACGUGUGUAUGCCCGUGCAGAUUACAUACACCAAAUUGGAACGAAUGCGAAUACGAAUAGAAAUACGAAUACGAAUGCGAACGUCAUACACCCACUGCGCCGUUUGUCUUCGUUGCGAACGAGCCGACAAACGAGUGCAAAGCUAACGAUCGUUACAGUUAAUUGAAAGACACGAGCUGCGUUGUGUAUGGUCUAUCCGUUGCGUUUCACCCCUGCAUCUCUCAUACCUUUAACUGUCGAUGUUUGGCGAAUAAACUGUGUAAACACUUGUA